AGUUAUGACGAGCGAGAGCACAUGCGAUUCAAUCAACGAUGUUCUUAUUCUUGCGAUUCUUGCGAUUCUUCUUGCCAACAUCGUGAAUUCUGCGAAUCUUAUAAACAUAGUAACAGUACAUUCUCUAAUCCAACAAUAAUAAUUUAAUACCAACUCCAGAAUUUCCCGGACCGUGCUGUCAUGAAAAACACGUUUUACGAUGGAACCCUUUUCUUUUGGUACUUCACAGUCGCUUGACCUCGAAGUCAGCAUACGCAUAAUUAAUCUAGAGGGCGAAGAAACACCUCAUCUGUAUUCUACCCUGCUUAAAAGGCCUGACCUCAGACAUGUUGGCUCCAACUUGGCUCCCUAUUCCGACCUAUACGUUACCGUUCAGGCCUGGGCUGGCUCGAAGCCCUUGACCGUUCCAGUCCAGACAUCAUAUAAAGCAUUCCGGAAUGAGAGGAGAUGGAACGAAUGGCUUACCGUACCGAUAAAAUAUAAAUCUCUCUCCGUGAACUCCUACCUCGCUAUAACCAUAUGGGAUCUGUCGCCAACUGGUGGGAAACAAGCUCAAGGCCACGCUAUACCCUUUGGAGGGACCACCCUACCGCUUUUUGACCAUGAUAAUCAACUGCAAAAGGGUAGGCAGAAAUGCCAAGUCCAUCGACACAAGCAGGCAGAUGGAAAUGAUAACACAACUACACCGUCAAGUGUCGCUAAGAAAAGAGGGGGCUCUAAGAAAGAGGAUAAUGUCGUUGUGGAUAGAGAAGCCGAAGAACUCGAACGCCUAGAGAAAUUAUUCAAGAAACACGAGUUGGGUGAGAUACCCCGGGUGGAAUGGCUCGACCAACUCGUGUACCGUGGGACCGAGAAACGUGGCUUGAAAGCAGCAAAGAACUCUGUCAAAUCACUUCAACGCCAGUCGGCACUGAACGGCAAUGCGGAGGCAGACGGCCAGCAGACUAAAGCGACAGAUUCAGAAGCUGAGGAUCCGCCGAGGCCUGGCCCGUCCAAGUUCGUGCUCAAUGUCGAGCUACCUCGUUUUGACUUUCCAGUGGUAUUCGCAGAUCACGAAUAUCAACCGCCACCGGUCUCAUCCUUCCAGCACUCUUCGGCCUCCCAGUCGAAUAUUAUCAUGAAACCCCCUCCUGAAGUGGCCUAUGGUCCUGGAAUCAAUGGCCCUGACAAUGCAGGAAACAGCAUGGGCGGUCGGAUUGUCCGGAUAUAUGACCCUGAAAUUGAUCAGAAGGACAAUCCAGUGGAAAGCAAACACAGACGCCUAGUCAGGAGUCAACAUCGUCAUGGAAUACUAGAUAAAGAUUUGAGGCCCAACUCUAAAGUCCGCGAUGAGUUGAAUCUUAUCAUGUCAUAUUCUCCGAUUCAUGUCUUGACCCCAGAGGAGAAGGAUCUCGUCUGGAAGUUCCGUUACCACUUGACUAAAGACAAACGGGCCUUGACCAAGUUCGUCAAAUCUGUCAACUGGCAGGAUCAGAGUGAGUCUAGACAGGCUAUUCUGGUUAUUAGUAAAUGGACAGACAUUGAUGUCGACGAUGCGCUUGAGCUACUCGGCCCUACUUUCGACAACCGAGCUGUGCGAGCGUAUGCUGUAGAUCGGUUGAGGAAGUCUGACGAUGACGAGUUGCUGCUUUACUUACUGCAGCUCGUACAAGCUCUGAAGUUCGAGCAUAUCUCUGCCGAUUCCAACCAGGCAACCGUUCAAGCGUCCUCGCUGGCUAGCUUUUUGAUUUCGCGGGCUGUUCAAAACUUUACCCUCGGAAAUUACUUCUACUGGUAUCUUGGGGUUGAAUACGAUGACAAGAGUAAUGAACAGGGCGAGGAGAUUCGCACCAUGUACGCCAAGGUUCAGUAUGACUUUAUGAAGGAGUUGGAGGAUCGCCCUGGCGGUCGUGAGACGAGAGUUACUAUUAGAAGGCAAGCUGAGCUUAUCACGGUUUUAUCCAAGAUUUCGGCCGAAAUCCAAUCGUCAAACGAGUCGGUAGCUCGAAAGGCUGAGAAGGUCAAAUCAUUCCUAGCAGAUCCCAAGAAUGAGGUACUAUCUAUCGACCCUCCCAUACCUAUGCCUCUGGACCCAUCCAUCUUGGUGAUUGGAGUUAUCCCAGAGGAGACACGAGUGUUUAAGUCGUCUCUGUCUCCAAUCAUGGUCACAUUCAAAACAGCAUCAAGUAGCAAGUACCCUAUCCUCUUCAAGACAGGUGACGACCUGCGUCAAGACCAGCUUGUUAUUCAGAUCAUCACUCUCAUGGAUCAAUUGCUCCAGAAAGAAAACCUGGACCUUAAAUUGUCACCAUACAAGAUCCUCGCCACUGGCACAACUGCUGGUGCUUCUCAGUUCAUUCCUUCCCAGACUUUUGCUGCCAUUGCGUACAAAUACCGCAACAAUCCUGCGCUUGCCUACCUCAAGCAGCAUAAUCCAGACGAGCGGGCAUACUUGGGAGUGCGCAAGGAAACGCUCGAUACAUUUGUCAAGUCAUGUGCAGGAUACUGCGUCAUUACUUACAUCCUUGGAGUUGGUGAUCGACAUCUCGAUAAUCUUCUUCUCACACCGGAUGGUCAUUUCUUUCAUGCUGACUUUGGGUUCAUCCUUGGUCGGGACCCUAAGCCUUUUGCACCAGCCGUUAAACUCAGCAAGGAGAUGGCUGAUGCAAUGGGCGGAGCAAAUCCUCCCAGUGAACAAUAUCUACAGUUCAAGCAAUACUGUUUCCUCGCAUUCGCGGCGUUACGAAAGUCAUCGAACCUCAUCUUGAACUUGUUCAGUCUCAUGGUGCAUGCCAAUAUUCCUGACAUUAAGAUCGAGCCGGACAAGGCGGUCUUCAAAGUCAAGGAACGCUUUCACCUAGAGUUGAACGAGGAAGAUGCAAUCCGACAUCUAGACGGAAUUAUGGAGGAUAGUCUUAAUGGCAUCAUGCCUGUGGUCAUAGAUAGACUGCAUGAUUGGGUCCAGGCGUUUAGACCUUGAAGAAGCUUGGCUGUACGAGUAUUAAGAUGGCGUUUCGUGGCUGUUUAUGAAUUUAUGUGGUUGUUAGUUAACUAAACUCAGGACAGCGGCUAGGAGGGCAUUGGCAAACGGCGCAGAUAACCUUAGACGUUACAUGGAGGAAUCGGAGACGGAUCUCAAAUGAGGCUGUCUCUUAUUAAUAUAAGAUACCCUAGCGCACAAACAGCUGCAUAUGCAAGCCUGUUAUGAACUAAACAAAAUCAAAAUCAAAAUCAAAAUCAAAAAGAAAUACAUAACCACGGCACUGCACUGACUGCAGAUGGUACAUGCAUCUUAUGUGCAUACUACACUGCAUAGGUACUUUGUAUAUGGCUUGCUGCAGCCACAGCGGG